UGAGCGGACGUGUGUGCUCGUGUGAUGCGGCGCCAGUUGGCAGGUACAGGUAGCGUAGUUUACCUUUGCCGCUCUACAAAAGUCAAAUAACAAUAAUAACAACGACGGCGAUAAUCGCAACAACAACAACAACAACAACAGCAACGACAGUUGCAACAAUAGGCGCAUUCUUAAUUGUGUUUACCUUUGAUUGUCAUUCGCCAGCGUUACAUACAUACAUACAUACACACAGAGAGAUAAACAUACAUUUUAUAACUGCGAUUUGACUGCGUGCGUGUGUCGUCGCGUCUCCUCUUCACCCCCCCCCCCCCUCUUUGACCCCCUCCUUUUUGUUUGUUUGUUUUUGGUUCUUGUUCUCUCGGGUUUUCCUUCAAUUGGAAUGUGCAGCGAAAAGAACGGCAAGAAGAAAAGCCAAGCGCAAAGAAAAGAAAAGCAAAGCAAAGAACAAAUCAAAUCAGAGCAACGGUAUUAAAAUUUAUAUAAGCACUAACAUAAUUUACUACUCUCGCACACACACACAAAACACAGACACAGACAUUCAAGGCAACUACUUCAAAAAAAAAAAAAGCAGUAAUAAAUACAAUUUUACACAUUCACAUUCCAUUUUGAUUCUGUUGUGUGUGAAAAACUUAUAAGAGAAAAAGAAAAACAACAAAAACAACAACACGAAACCAACGGCAAAUAACAAUAACAGCAGCGGCAACAACAAAAACAGCAGCAGCAGUAACAACAACAACAGCAGCAGCAGCAACAACAACAGUAAGCAGCAUAGCAAAGCAGCGAAGUCAACGUCAAAAACGAAGAAGAAGAAGCAAGAUAAAUACAUAGCAAUUUCGACUAAAUAAAGUUUACCAAACGUCGUCGGUACAAUCGGAACGUUCCGUUCCUGCGUUUCUGUUUUCCCCUGAUUGAUCUGAUCCACCCACUGGCGGAGAUUUGUGGUACGACGACGACGACGACGACGACGCUCAGUGGAAGCAGAAGAGCCCGGUUGCAUUGGAAGGCAUGCAGUUGAUGGCCAGCGGUUACUCCUGCAGCAGCUCCAUCUCCUUCAGUUCCAGUUCCAGUUCCCUCCGUUCCAAACUCUCGCGAUGGAGAGCGAGCAGCAGGAGGUUGGGGGCGGAAGUGCUCCGUUAUGUCGCAUCUGCAUCACCACCCACCACCAGCAGCACAACAACACCACCACCACCACCACAGCAUCCACAGCCAACCUGCCAAUGAUACCCAUCUUCGGCGAGGAUGCACUCUGGCAGAAGAUUACCACGUUGGCCAACGUCAAGAUCAGCAAAAACGACAACCUACCGCAACAGGUGUGCGUCGGCUGUGCCAAGACAGCCAUAUCGGCCUGCGUGUUCAAGAAGAAGUGCGAGGAGGCGGACACCUUUUAUCGCCAGCAACUGAGGCUCCAAAAGAUCGAGGGCGCGGAUCCGCUGGAGGCGAGCGCUGCCGUCGACCAGGCCAAGAGCAGCGGCUGCAGCAGUGGCAGCGGUAGCAGCAGCGCCAGCGGUAGCAGUUCCACCAGCAGCAGUUCCUCCUCCGACGACGAGGACGAGGACAACGACCAGGACCAGGAUCAGGAUAACGACAAUGAAGUGGUCGCUGGAGAGGCACACAAGCGGCUGCAUAAUGGCCAUGGCCAGGCCAUUAAUGGCCAUCGGGGAGAUGAUGAGGUCCCGGAGGAGAUGGAUGACCAUCACGAAUCAGGCAACAACAACGAUGAGGAACCGGAUGAGGAUCAUCAUCGUAAUGGCCUUGAGUUGACGGAUGAUGUCAAUGCCGAGAAUGAGGAUGAUGUGGAGGAGAUAAAUCCCUUGAACCAUCACCAUCAUAACGAUGAUGGCGAAAUAACAGUCCAUGGCGUGCAUCCCAAGGAGCCGUUCGACUUCAACUCCAUUCGCCUGAUGCAGGAGUAUAUGCAACAUCAGAUGAACAAGUUCCCCAAUGGCUCCGCCACCGGUCCACCGGGUCAGGAUAUGGAGCUCGAUCUCGACCAGCGGCACCACCACCACCACCACCACGAUGGCGAUGGCGACGAUGACGAUGAUGAGGACAUGUCGCUGCCGCUGAUACCCGAAAUCGAGCUGAUCACGCCGGGCGAUGAAGCGCCAGCGGAUCCAUCGAAUCCCAACGAUUUGGUCAAUGGCGUGGCCGGCGUUGGCGUGGUCCAGGGUAUGCGCGGACCGGGCUUCCAGUGCCCCCAUUGCUAUCAGAUAUUCGAGAUGAAGCAGAUCCUCAAGGCGCACAUGCAGAGCGUCCAUGGAGCACCGGGUCCGGUGUACGAGUGCAGCAACUGCCGCAAGACCUACUUCUACAAGCGCUUUCUGGAGAAGCACAUACGGCGCGGUCGGUGUGUGAAGAAGCGUCGCAACCAAACCCGGCCCAUGCAGUGCUCGGACUGCCAUGUCCUCUUCCCCACGGGCCACCAUUUGGGUUGGCAUAAGCGCACCGGUUGCCCCUCGAAGGCGGCCAAAAUGCCCCUGCAGCAGCUUUUCAAGCAGAACAUUGUGCAGUUUAACAAUUUUCCCAAGCGGAUCGCCGCCGGAGGAGCACGCAAGCCCACGGCUCCCGAUCUGCAUAUCAACAAUCGCAAACUGGGCUUGGCCAACAAGCGAAAGGGACGCACUCGCAUCAAGCUGGAUGCCAAGAAGAUUGCCCUGGCCAAGCAGUUGAUACUGCGCGAGGCCACCACCACGGUGAUUGCCAACGAGCUGAACAUCUCGCGCACCUUCGCCUGGCGCCUGCGUAAGAGUCUGGUUAAUGGUGUCAGUCUGCAUGAGCGUGUGGUGGAUCCCUCGCAGGAAGAGCAGCACCUGCAGCAGCAGCUGCAGCAGCAGCAGCAACAGCAUCAACAGUUGCACUUGCAGCAGCAACAGCAGGAGGAGCAGCAGCAGCAGGCAGCAGCCGCAGCAGCACAGGCCGAACGCGAACGGGAGCAUCAUCAUUUGAGCCUACCCUAUAGCCACCUGGGCUUGGGUCUUAUCAAAGAGGAGCGUCAGGACAGCGAGGAUGAGGAGGAGCAGCAGCAGCGACAGCAGCAGCAGCAUCUCCACCAUUCGCACCACCAACUGGGCCUGGUGGAUGAGUGCGGAGCGGAGGAGAUCGGUGCCGAGGAAACGGCUGGCUAUAUGGGCGAUGAGGAUGCCGUUUGCGGAUUGCUUCACAAUGGCUACGAUCCCGAUCCUGAUUCUGAUCCCAUUGAGCACGAUCCCUUCGAGGGCACCGACAACAACAACGACCAUCAUUCGAAUGGCAGACGGCCUGGUUCUGUUUCGCCCGCACCACCACCACUGGCGCCGCCAUCGAUGGGCAGUUCCGGUGGCGUUGGGGUUCCAGUGCCGGUGCAGGUCCAUGCUGCUGCCGCGCGGACCGAUGUUGAGGUCUAUAAACGCCUACUGGCCGAGUCGCAGCACUUCCCCCACAUCGUCAACGCCCAGCAGUUGCAGAUGCAGCAGCAGCAUCGCGAGCGGGAGCGGGAGCAGCGGGAUCGCGAGCGGGAGCAACUGCAGCAGCAGAAGGUCCACAACGGCGGAAUGCCGAUGCUCACACGCUAUCCGCCUGCCGUCAUGCACGCCCUGCCCGUCAACCUGUCCCUGCGCUCCAUGCCCCACAUGAACAGCAAUGAGAGCAAUGGCAGCUCCAGCAGCAAUACCGCUGCCCCAUUACCCGUUCCUGGCUCAUCCGCAGCCACAUCGACUGCCACUCCAACUGGCAAGAAGCCCCGCAAGCCGAAUGUCUUUAUCGAUGACGAAAAGUACGCCAUGGCCAAGUUGUUGGUGGCCCAGAACUCCUCCACCAUGGAGAUAGCCAGGGCCCUCAAUGUCUCCCAAAUGACGGCUUGGAAGGUGCGCGAUGCCAUUCUCAAGGGAGUGCCUCUGUCAUACCGCAACAAGCGGUCCGAUGGCAGGCAUUCCGAGGAGUUUAGCGCCAAGGAGCAGCAGCAGCAGCAGCAGCAACAUCAGCAACAACAACAGGAGCAGCAGCAACGCCAGCAGCAGCAGCAGGAGAUGCAGCGACAGCAGCAACAGCAAAUGGAGCAAAUGGAGCUAAUCAAACAGCAACGCCAGCAACAGGAGUUGCUACUUCAACAACAGCAGCAGCAGCAACAACAGCAGCAGCAGCAGCAGCAACUGCGUCAUCACACACCAGCGGAAACAUCACACUAUCAGCAGCAACAGACGCCGCCGAAGAUGCUGCAUCCUCGUCGCCGCCUGAAGGCCGCGGAACGCGAGCUGCGGGACAAGGAGAUCACACGCGAAAUACUCGAGCUGAUCAAGGAGGACAGCAACAUUCAGUACUGGAAGGUGUCGGCUCGCCUGGCCGAGAAGGGCAUCAAUAUAUCGCCCUCGUCCGUCUGCCAGAAGCUCAAGUCGAUGGGCAUCCACCGGCGCUGGAAGCCCGGCGACAAGCCUCCCAUGCUGGCCAUUAGUCAGCUGAAAGCGGCCACUGUGGCGGCCGCAGCAGCAGCGGCAGCUGGCCUGGCCGGCGUCGGCGGCGUUGUACCGGGCAGCGCCGGACUGGCCGGCAGCAGUUUUGGCCUGGCCGACGACGGCUACGAGCAGCAGCAGUUCGACAUGGGCGGGCCACACUUUCUCAGUGCCUUCACGCGCUAGACGAUCGACCAAAAGUCGUCCUCCCCAGCAUCUAGGCCUAGAUUAAAAUGUAGAACGCAUUGUGGAGUGGACGCAGAAUCGUAGAGGGCAUUCUUUAGGCAAUUCGACUUGGAACUUGUAGGUCCAAAGAGGAAUGUUAAGCUUCUAAACCAUUUCAAAGAAAAUAUACAUCUAGGUUUAUGAUCAUUGUUUUAUAGCAUACAGUUUCUAGAAGAUACUGUAUUAACUAAGUAGGCAAUUUCGAACAUUAUAAUUUGAUCUUACUCUGAACUUGUUAUAUUUUCUCGAGAAUAUUUUUGAAAAAUUUCUUUGCAGAACUGCCAUUUGCAAGACGAAAUGCCUAUAAAUUGUCGACAAUUACGACUGGGUUUAAUACUAUUUUUUUUCGAGCCACCCUAAUCCAUAUGCAUAUAGACCAGCACAGCAACAACAACUUGUAUUUUUUAUAUAGUAUUUGAAAGAGAGUGCGCGCUUGAAAUGUAUUUGUAUUUGUAAUCGAUAUGAGAUAGCAUAUAUUGUAUGAUUCUGUAUUAGAUUUAUAUAUAUAUAUCCAAUAUAUAUGCUAAGCAUUCCUAGAAUGUCACACACACAAAGAAAACAGAAAGCACCCAAAAAAAAAAACCAUGUUCAUUCCAAGUGAGGAAAUAAUUUCCUUUCUUUAAUUUUAGCAGCUUCCUUUUCCUCUUCCUCUUCCUUCAUCCACACACACAUACACUACACCAACACACACACACACACACACUUAGCUGAUAAUGUAAUAAUUUAAUUAACAUAUUUAUUGAUCGCAUGUUUUCGUGCGUAUGUGUGUGUGCUUAAGCUGAGAAAUGUAUUUAAAGAUUUGCAUUAUUUUUAAUUAAUUUAUUUUUUACUCACGCACACACACAUAUGAGCAAUUAUUCAGUACUGAACUUUAAUUUAGUUAAAUUAAUGCAUCAAACGAUAAAAUAACAAUCAGAACAAAGCGAACGGAAGCAGAACAAACAAACAGCAGCUAGAGAGAAAGUUAAGAAAGCUAGCAACAUAAGUGCAAUUAUAAACUAUACCUAGAAAACCAGAUGAAUGUAAAAUGUAUUACGUGUGACCGAGACAGAAGGUGGGAGAGCGAGAGAUGGGAGAAAGAGAGGCAAAGCUGGCCUAAACACCACUGAACAUUUUUUAAGUGCCCAUUUUUGAAAAUAUUUAUUCGAAAAUCACGAGUGUUAAUUCUCACCUCUUAAAAACCCCUUAUUUGCCAAUUAUGAUUUUUAAGAUUUUUAAUAACUGUUUUUUUUGGUUAAAGUGUAGAAACAAAUUUUAAAUUCUAAAAUAAGUUUAGGUCAAUUAAAACAUCAAUUAGUUUUAUUUUAGAAAAACUUUAUACAUUCCCAAAGACAUACCAAAAUUCUAAAAAAAAAACAACAUACAAACAAUUCCGUUUUUGUGUGUUUACAGUGGUGUUGAGCCAUCAAUUUAAUAACUUUCACUCCCUAACUUUUCUCCUUUCUUUCUCUUGGUCGUUUUCCAUAUAGACAGUUAUUCUGAAUCCAUCCUCCAACCAAGCCCAAAUUUAUGUAAAAAAAA